CUUACACGUUAUUGUCAUUUGGCCGCCUACAUUCUGGUCGUCAAAAUUACUAAUUCGCAAAUCGACUAGGCUAAAUUCGUAUACACGGUGUGAAAGUGUCGAACUUGCCUUAAAACAUAUUACACGAAAAAGAGAUUUUCCUGCCAAAUUUUACAGCGAAAAAGUUGGUGUUUUUUUAACAUUUAGCGGAGGAUAAUAAAUAAAAUAUUUUAUGAGACGUUAAAAUCAAUUAAGAAAAUUAAGUGAAUUGUCACAGUGUACUUGAUAGCAAUAUGGAGAAAUUGUAUCUGCAUUUGAUAACAUUUUUGUGCAUGAUCGCGCUAAGUGUCUGCUUGUCAACAGGCCCAUCAGUGGAACCAAAAAAACGACAAUUUCCUCACGGCUUCAUUUGGGGCAUCGGUUCGUCACCAUAUCAAAUUGAGGGUGCUUGGAAUGAAUCUGGCAAAGGAGAAUCAAUUUGGGAUCAUCUAACACACAAUUACCCGGAAAAAAUUGCUGAUCAGUCAAAUGGGGAUAUUGCAUGUGACAGUUAUCAUCAGUGGCGUCGCGAUGUACAAAUGCUGCGUGACCUAAACGUACACGUGUACCGAUUUGCGAUCUCAUGGCCCCGCAUCUUGCCGGGCGGCUAUAUGAAUAAUGUCAACAGUGAAGGUAUUCGCCACUACAAUGAUCUGAUUAACGAGCUUCUGCACUAUAAUAUUACACCAAUGGUCACAAUCUAUCACUGGGAUCUACCACAACGUUUACAAGAAUUGGGUGGCUGGACCAAUCCCGAAAUUAUACCAGUAUUUAAAGAUUAUGCGCGUCUAUUGUUCGAGAUGUAUGGCGAUCGUGUAAAGAUCUGGAUAACGAUCAAUGAACCGACGCUUAUAUGUGAAUAUGGUUAUGGUGUUGAUUAUAUGGCGCCCUCCUAUAAUUAUCCUGGAAUUCCGAACUAUUUGUGCGGACACUAUUUACUAAAGGCACAUGCCGAAGUGGUGCAUAUGUAUCGUGACCACUAUCAGGAAGUACAGAAGGGCAAAAUCGGUUUUACUAUGCACACAUCGUAUAUGCAACCCAAAACGGAUUCGGACGAUGAUCGCGAAGCAUCUGAGCGUGCUAUGCAAUUCUAUUUGGGCUGGUUUGCACAUCCGAUAUUCUCGAAAAGUGGCAACUAUCCGCAAAUCAUGAUCGAUCGCAUAGGUAAUUUUAGCAAACAACAAGGUUUCACUCGUUCACGUUUACCGGAAUACACAGAGGAAGAAAUAAUUCGUAUACGCGGAACUGCGGAUUUCUUUGGCCUUAAUACGUACACAACUAGCCGAGUGACGUUCAACGAUCAAAGCAAUACUGCUAAUUUUCCCGUGCCGUCAUUCAGUCACGAUAUGGGCGUCGUCGAGGAUCAAGAUCCCAACUGGCCCGAUACGCAAUCCUCAGUGUUUAAGGUCGUUCCCAGUGGCAUGUACAGUUUACUAAUGUGGAUCGUGCGAGAAUAUGACAAUCCGCCUAUAAUUGUGACUGAAAAUGGCGUAAGCUACGAAAGCGACCUUGAGGAUUACAAACGCAUUGAUUUUCUCAACGCCUAUCUAUCCGCCAUUUUGGAUGCCAUUGAAGAUGGUGCAAAUGUACAGGGAUACAAUUAUUGGAGCUUGAUGGAUAGUUUCGAGUGGAAAGGUGGCUAUACAGCACAAUUCGGUCUCUACCACGUGGACUUCAAUCAUCCGAAUCGCACGCGUACGCCUAAGAUCGCCGCCAAGGUCUACGCACAAAUUUGCAAGACGAACACGAUUGAUUCGAGCUAUCGGCCAACAUUGAAUGAAUCCCAAACUAACACGAUGGCACAGUUACCCGAAGUUGAGGCCGUUGGCAAUUCUACAUCGAGUGCGAGUACUAUAUACAACACAUUAACCGCAUAA